CCCCACACUAUAGAUUUCGUCUAAAAUAUUUAAAAUUAUUAGACUGUUUGUGUGCGAGUCUGUGUGUGAGUUUCAGUUAUAAUAAUUCCUUUUUAAUAAAAUGUCUGCCAUAGUUCCUGAUGACGAGGGAGAAAUCUUCAAUGGAUUUGGAUCGGCACCAAUCCAAAGAAACCCUUCUCAAUCCGGUAAACGGACCAAGAAACGUUGGUCGUUCCAUAGCAAUGUUAAGCCCAAUCUAGUUGGUGGGGUUAUUGAUUCUAGAGCAUCUGGUCAACGUAGAAUGAGUGACGUGACUGGUGGGAUAGAUGGUGUUCACGCACAAAUAGAUCCAUAUCAUAUUUCUCCUGCGCAAUUAUAUUCUACCGAAAGUGGGAGAUUAUUCCACGCUGGGAAAAUUUGUAUUGCAUUAGCUGGGCUUCCUGGGAGAGGUAAAACGCAUUUGUCGGUGUCUUUGACCCGUUAUUUGAGAUGGUUGGGGGUUAAAACCCAUCUGUUCCACUUGGGUGAUUACCGUAGACAAAAUGGUGGAGAAGAUCUUCAUCAUGAUUUAUUUGUCCCAACUCCUGAUAGUGCCAAAAAUAAUGAAUUCCGUCGCAAAAUUGUAGAUGAAUGCUUGAAUGAUAUGUUAAAUUUCUUCAAGUUUGAUAAGGGACAAGUUGCCAUAUAUGACGCUGUUAAUGCCUUACCUGAAUAUCGUAAAGAUUUGGAAGAAAAAUUCAGGGAAUUGAAUAUUCAAACGUUAUUUAUUGAAUCCUUGGUGACUGAUGAUUCCAUUGUUCUUAAGAAUAUGGAACAAGCUGCCCGGUUAUCACCAGAUUAUAUCAAUUGGGAUUAUCGUCAAGCUUAUCGAGACUAUUCUGAAAGAAUCCGGAUCUUGACCCCUUAUUAUCAAGAAAUGAAUGAAGUUGAUAAUUCUAAUGGUCUUCUGUACAUUAAAUUCAUAAAUUUUGGGGAAAGAAUUGAACUUUAUAAUUCAAAUUAUGGAUAUUUGAUUAAUAAAGUUGUGUUCUUUUUAAUGAAUUCAAGAAUUAAACUGGGUAGUGUAUUUUUCGCUAGAUGUUGGAAAAAUAGUUUGGAUUAUAGUUAUGAUCCUCCUUUGGAUGCUACAGGAGUACAAUAUGCCAAAAACUUGACUGAGACUAUCUUGGAAUAUAGACGUGCUAGUGAGAUUUCUAGUGGCGUUACUCUGGGAGUAACCACUGGUGUCAAUAGUGCAGCCACCAGUGGAGCCAGUAGUGUGGCCAUGACCCCUACAAACAGUGGUACUGCCGAUCCAACGGUUCGUGCCCCUAAGGAUUCUACAUCGUUUGUGGUUUGGACAUCUGCUAAAAAGAGAACCAUUCAAACUACACAAUUUCUUGCUAAACAUAAUAUUCCUAUUAGAAAUAGAGUACAACUUCUGCAGAAAAACCCAGGUAUGGUUGGUGGGAUGCUGCAAGAACAAAUUAAAGAACAAUUCCCGACCGAAUAUGAACAAUUUUUGAAAGAUCCAUAUCAUCACCGGUUUUCAAGAGCUGAACUGUACCAUGACUUGGCAAUUAAGAUUGAACCACUUAUUCUUGAAAUGGAGCGUAUGACAGGUGACAUUUUAAUCAUUGCCGAUGAUACGGUUCUCAAGGUAUUUUAUGGAUACCUUAUGCUGUGUCUGUGUUAUGAUAUUCCAUCACUUAACUUUCUGACUGAUGAAAUAAUUGAAAUUAAGUUCAAUGCAUAUUCGAAUACGGCGAAUAGAAUUCCAAUUAAGAGCUAUGAUUAGAUAAAUAUUAAUAAAGAAGAAGUAGAAAGUCUAUAAUG